UACAAUUAAUUUCCCAAUCAUCACUCUACAAAAACCCUUUCCCACAAGUCUUCCCCUCUCCUCUUUCCCUAAAUUACAAAAAUCAUACACACACACACACUGCCCUCCCUCUCAUCUCCCUUCUCUCUACAACGGAAGGAGGUCUUACGAUACGGAGCUUCAUUGCAUUAGCAAUUUAUACAUACUAUUAUUCUUCAUCUGCGCUGAAUUUCACACACAAGAAGAAGAAGAAGAAGAAGAUGAGCGGUGGGGUUAAGGGAGGUGCAAGUAGGGUUUCGAUUCCCAGUGGCGUUAAGAAGACGAUCGAUAACAUAAAGGAGAUUACUGGCCAGAAUCACUCCGAAGAUGAGAUUUAUGCAAUGCUCAAGGAAUGUUCCAUGGAUCCCAACGAAACUACUCAGAAGCUUCUACUUCUCGAUACCUUUCAUGAAGUAAAAAGAAAACGUGACAGGAGAAAUGAGAAUCAAAAUAAGGAGCCUGCAGAGAAGUGGAAACCUGGAACCCAGACAAGACCAAAUAGAGCUGGUCGUGGGAACUAUCCACUGCGAUUUGUAUCUCAUGAUGCUGGUGGCGGAAGAAAUUCUCCUGCUAUAAAGGGAAGUUCUGCCAGUCACUUCACUGUGAAAAGUACUAGCAAGGCUCCCAUAGCUGCUCCACAAGAUGCGAGAAAGAGUGGCACUUCUUCUGGUACCAGCCUGAUUACUGGUGUGUCUAAUGGUCCUUCUGGGAUCACCCUCCAGAGAGCUAAUCCAACAACUGCUAUCCCCAAUAAAUCAGAGAAACCUCUGAUGGUUUCGUCCUCAAUUGAUUCUGUGAAAAGCCUCAGUACUCCUCAGGUGAAGAACAUCCAGCAGCACCAGAUACUGGAGUCGUCUAAAAAUGCUACAUCUAUUCCUUCAGCCUCAGGAUCCUAUAUCUCCUCUACAGAUUCAGUGCUUUUACCCUCUCAAGACUAUCCACCCCCUAGUGCAGUAGGUAGCAUUCAUCUUGAAUUGGGAAGCCAGCAAAGCCCUAGUCAAAUGGUUGGUGAUAUACCUACUGGCAACAGAUCUACUUCUCCUGAAAUAUUAGCUGCUUCAGAGUUUGGAACUGCCAUUGAACAAAAGAUGCCCCGUGAUCUCAAGAGAGUUGGAAACAGUCAAAAUUCAGAGUCUGCCCAAACUCCUUCUACAGUUAAUGUUUCUUCUGGUAGUAGGCCUUCAUCUAAUUACAACAAUCGGUCUCAAGUGAUUGGUCCCCAAAAGGUUGGUCCUGGCAAAGAGUGGAAACCCAAAUCUACAAACCCCAAUGUUAGUCAAGGUGCUACUGCAGCUUCUUUAUUAGAUGUUUCCAUAGUGUCUGUUGGAAGUCAUCUGGAAUCGCUGACUACUCCUGCUGCUGCCACUACAAAUGAAGCAACUCUGGAGUUGCAGAAGAAGUUAGAGGACUCGCAAAUUUCAGAGAGGCAACAUGUGAUUUUACCAAAUAAUCUACAUGUCCCUAAAGUUGAAAAACUUGGGUUUUGUUUUGGAAGUUUUGAUGCUUCCUUCACUCUGGACAACCAAAAUGGUCUUCCAGCUGAUAAGAGUCCAUCACCGUCAGAAUCCUCUGAGAAUAUCGAGGAACCUGUGGAAGAUCUGGAAUUAAGCAAUCAGGCUUCUUUGGCAGAUGUGGAGGAUACUGAACCAAAGUAUCCUGAAGAACCCCAAUCACCUUCACAAGGACCAGACAAAUUUGCAUCUGGUGAGGUUGAAGUCUCAUCCUCUAUUACAACUAUUUAUAAUGAUCCCAUUAUAGAGGUUGCUCCUGGAAGCCAGCCACAUCCUUUGGUCCACACUUCUUCAAACUACGGUUUUGGUUUCAUGCCUCCAAUAUUGGGCGGCCAGCUUCCAACUUCUGAAAAUUCAGAGUCUCACACUCGUGAUGCUCCUCGACUUCCAGGCUUUGUUGUGCCGCAAUCUUUUGACCCGGCAAACUAUUAUGCACAACAUGAUGGCCGCAUUUCCCCUUUUCACGCUGCUGGAGCUGCAAACAAGUAUAAUGGAAAUGCUGCUAUGGUCUCUGCUCAGACUUCUCAGAACCCUCAAGAGUUGCAGAGCGGUGCCCCUUUGGUUAGGUCCACGGCAUCUCCGCCGCCACUUGCGACUCAAGCUGCUGGGGUAAUGCAGAGCUCCAUACCUGCAUCGCAGCAGCCGCAUCCUAUGUUCAGGCAACCACCUGGUGUUCAUCUACCCCAUUAUCCUCCUACCUACAUUCCGUAUGGUCACUAUUUCUCCCCAUACUAUGUCCAGCCGCCACCUACAAUUCAUCCGUUCUUAAGCAACGGCGCCUUUCCUCAGCAACCCCAGCCUGGCAGUUUAUAUCCAACAGCACCUGGGACAGCUGCCAAAUAUUCAGCUUCACAGUAUAAGCAAGGAGCAAAUACAGGAAGCUCUGCUCCCACUGGAGUACCUGGCAACUACGGGCCGUACGGUCUUUCGCCAGCCAACUAUACCACCGGUUCUGCCCCAGCUCCUGUUACUUCAACAUCAAAUGAGGAUAUUGGUUCCCCACACGUAAAGGAGAAUAAUGUCUAUAGCAGUGGCCAGCAGCAGAAUGAAGGUCCCAGUGUAUGGUUCACCACCCCGGGUCGGGAUAUUUGUACCUUGCAUGCAAGUUCAUUCUACAAUCUUCCUCAGGGUCAGCUCGCUUUCACCUCAAAUCAGACAGGCCAUGGAACCUUCACUGGGAUUUUCCACCCUGCUGCACAGGCAGUGGCACCGCAAAACGUUCACCCUCUUUUGCAACAAUCUCAAGGCAUUACAAAUCCUGCAGACAUGGUAGGACCGACUGGCAAUGUUUACCAGCAGCAGCAGCCUCAGCACGCACAACUUAACUGGCCGAGCAACUACUAAGAGAGUAGACAAUUCUCCUUGAAAUCUCGUUAAUUACUCUUCUCUCAACAGAAUUUCCAACCUUGCUCUGAUUGAAUGGUAGAUCAAAAACACAAAGAAGCCAGAAAACUGAGUGUAAAUUAGUAGAAGGGUGGCCAAUGAAAUCGGCCAAUAUAUUUUUGUGGUCUUCCUAUGACUGGUAACUAGUCUUUUUAAGUUAAUUGAGGCCAGAAAAUGCAACAGCUGUCUCUUUAUUGCUCUUCCUCGUAGAUGGUUUUUGACUGUAAUCCUUGGGAGCCCUUUCUAUAGGUUUUAGCUUCCUUGUUAGUCAAGGUUUCAAUUCUUUUGAUUUUUGGUUGAAAGUUAGUUAUAGAUGGGCUCAUAUGAGAUUUGUAGGUGAUCGUUCUCUCCCCUUUAUCGUUUCGCCCUCCGUUCUUUGUCUUAUCCUCUCCGUCUUUCUUGUAAAGUGAAUUUUUGUUGAGUGGCAAGGAAGAUGUACUUUUUCCCAACUGUUGUAACUGGCCUUGUUAUUUUCGUAUGGGGAAGUUUAUGUUUCUGAUAGACCAAAUAAUCAAGAAUCCAACUUUUCUA